AGAGAUGCGGUCGCCAUGGUGACUGAGGACCAGUGAGGCGGGAUGGGGUUGAGGAUGGGGGGCGGGGGUGUGGCCGGGACGGAGGCACUGGGAGACAGGAACUGCCUGGCAUUCCAGGGGGAGGGAAGCACUGUGCAUCCCCAAGCUGCAGAGCCAUCUGGUGACAGCCUCCAGCUGAGCAUGGCCCUCCUGGCCCCGGGCCGGGACCCUUGGAGCCUCCUGGGCUUUUUCCUGUCCCAGCUGUUUCUGCCGCUGCCGCCGACUGCAGGGGCCGCUGGGCAGGAGCCCCUGCCCAGGAUCACUUACCAGGCAGGGGAGGGACGCAGGGCUCUCAGCCUCUUCCACCAGAAGGGCCUCCAGGAUUUCGACACUCUGCUCUUGAGUGGUGACGGAGGCACUCUCUACGUGGGGGCUCGAGAGGCCAUUCUGGCCUUGGAUAUCCAGGACCCAGGGAUGCCAAAGCUGAAGAACAUGAUACCCUGGCCAGCCAGUGACCAAAAAAAGAGUGAAUGCGCCUUUAAGAAGAAGAGCAAUGAGACACAGUGCUUCAACUUUAUCCGUGUCCUGGUCUCUUUCAACGUCAGCCACUUGUACACCUGUGGUACCUUUGCCUUCAGCCCCGCGUGCACCUUCAUUGAACUCCAAGAUUCCUACCUGUUGCCCAUCUCCGAGGACAAGGUUGUGGAGGGGAAAGGCCAAAGCCCCUUUGACCCUGCUCAUAAGCACACGGCUGUCUUGGCAGAUGGGAUGCUCUACUCCGGCACCAUGAACAACUUCCUGGGCAGCGAGCCCAUCCUGACCCGCACGCUGGGACCCCAGCCCGUCCUCAAGACUGACAAUUUCCUCCGCUGGCUGCAGCCGGACGCCUCCUUCGUGGCAGCCAUCCCUUCGACCCAUUUCGUCUACUUCUUCUUCGAGGAGACAGCCAGCGAGUUCGAGUUCUUCGAGAAGCUCCACACGUCCCGGGUGGCCAGAGUCUGCAAGAACGACGUGGGCGGGGACAAGCUGCUGCAGAAGAAGUGGACGACCUUCUUGAAGGCCCAGCUGCUGUGCUCGCAGCCCGGGCAGCUGCCCUUCAACGUCAUCCGCCACGCCGUCCUGCUGCCCGCCGCUGCCUCAGCCGAGCCCCGCGUCUAUGCGGCCUUCAGCUCUCAGUGGCAGAUUGGCGGGACCAGGAGCUCUGCUGUCUGUGCCUUCUCUCUCAAGGACAUCAAGCGUGUCUUUGAGGGGAAGUACAAGGAGUUGAACAAAGAGACUUCACGCUGGACUACUUAUGGGGUCCCCGAGAUCAGUCCCCGGCCAGGCAGCUGCUCCGUGGGCCCCUCCUCUGACAAAGCCUUGACCUUCAUGAAGGACCAUUUCCUGAUGGAUGAGCAGGUGGUGGGGACACCCCUGCUGGUGAAGUCUGGUGUGGAGUACACGAGGCUUGUGGUGGAGACAGCCCAGGGCGUCGAUGGGCACAGCCAUCUGGUCCUGUACCUGGGCACCGCCACAGGUGCCCUCCACAAGGCUGUGGUGAGUGGGGACGGCAGUGCUCAUCUGGUGGAGGAGAUCCAGCUGUUCCCUGAUCCCGAACCUAUCCGCAACCUGCUGCUGGCCCCUGAACAGGGCGCAGUGUUUGCGGGCUUCUCAGGGGGCAUCUGGAGGGUUCCCCGAGCCAACUGCAGCGUCUAUGGGAGCUGUGUGGACUGUGUCCUGGCCCGGGACCCCCACUGUGCCUGGGACCCCGAGUCCGGAACCUGCCGUCUCCUGCCCACCCCCACCCCGAAGUCCUGGAGGCAGGACACGGAACAAGGGAAUCCAGGGUGGGCAUGUGCCACUGGCCCCGUGGGCAGGAGCCUCCAGCCUCAAAGCCGCCCCCAAAUCAUUAAAGAAGUCCUGGCUGUCCCCAACUCCAUCCUGGAGCUCCCCUGCCCCCACCUCUCGGCCCUGGCCUCGUACCGCUGGAGUCAGGGCGCAGCCAAGCUCCCAGAAGCCUCUUCGGCGGUCUUCAAUGGCUCCCUGGUGCUGCUGCUGCAGGGUGGAGUAGGGGGCCUGUACCAGUGCUGGGCCACGGAGAAUGGCUUCUCGUACCCUGUGGUGUCCUACUGGGUGCACAGCCAGGAUCAGCCCCUGGCCCUGGACCCCGAGCUGGGGGGCAUUCCCCGGGAGCGUGUGGAGGCCCCACUGACCAGGGUUGGCGGCGGGGCUGCCCUGGCCGCCCGGCGGUCCUACUGGCCCCACUUCCUCACAGUCACUGUGCUCCUGGCCUUAGUGCUUUCAGGAGCCCUCCUCCUCCUCCUCGCCUCCCCACUGGGGGCUCUCCGAGCCCGGGGCAAGGUGCAGGGCUGUGGGACCCUGCCCCUGGGGGAGAAGGCCCCCCUGAGCCAGGAGCAGCCCCUCCAACCUCCCAAGGAACGCAGGCCGUCCGCCAGCGAUGUGGACGCCGACAACAACCACCUGGGCACCGAGGUGGCGUAG